GCCAGGAAGAAAGCUUACCAUGCGAAGAGCGAUCUGCAGGAAAAAGCAUUGCAAGUACAGCUCAUGGGCCGCAUCUAUCAAGCCGCGGAGAUGGUAGUGGUGUGGCUCGGGAAAAGCACGCCUCUGUACACCCUCGGAAUUUCCGAUAUCCAACACCUGGUAGACAACAAAAUCGAGUUCGACCCCGUCAGAGACACGUCUCAUGAGAAGAAGAAAGGUGAAAGCAGCAUUUCGGUUCCAGGACUCAGCCAGGCCGCGGUCGAGAAAAUGUGCCGCAGCGCUUUGCUGAUUGUUCUGAACCAGUGGUUUAGACGGAUAUGGGUGAUCCAGGAAUUCUGUUGGGCCAAGGACGUGGUCUUUGUGUUGGACAGGAUGGAAUUGAGCACCGAGACGGUGUUGAAAGCGUUCGAGAUUGUCGAGAAGUUGCUGCACGUGCAAGACUUUCGCGGGGGGACAAUCAUACCGGUGCAGUUUCUACAGGUUCUUCCGGUUUAUUUUCCACAGAUUCAGAAUGCGACACUGCGUGCUCGUGAGUACUUCCAACACGACGGCUUAUGGUCUCUUCGACAAUGGCUUCUGGUAUGCAGAGGUCGGCUUUCCAGCAACCCACGUGAUCUCAUCUUCGGUGGUCUGUCCCUCAUCAACCCACAGCAGCUACAAAUCAACAGUGACCUUCUCAGCAACUCCGAACCUGAAUCCGUUGGCCCUGAGCCAGGAACACGUCUGCCUAAAAUACAACCUUCGAAUAACCCAGCAAGAACGAUUCAUAAUCUCAAUUAUGAUGGUACUUCAGCAUCCACUCCAGGAGCACGGCAAUCAUUGAUACCAAAUGGUCUUUGGGCUAGAUUAGAAGCUAGGUACACGGUGGAUAUUGCAGAGGUGCUGGUCAAUACUGCCAGCUGUCUUAUAUCCAACACGGGAAUGAAGGAACUGCUAUCGCUCGCUCAACGACCGGAAGCGCGUCAUAUAUGGUCGGAGUACUUCAUCAAGUCCUCGGGCGAUCAGAUUGACCUUGACGAGAUACCGUCGUGGGUCCCAGCGCCAGGGUCGUGGAAAACUACCUUGAAACAACCUCUAGCAUUCCGACCCGAGAAAUUCUUCGAAGCCGGGUUCGGAUUCAAAGGAAACCCAUCAAUCUCCCCCGACGGCACAUCCCUCCUCGUCGACGCAAUCGAGUAUGAUUCGAUCGAACAAUUCAUCAAAACCCCCGACCCAAUCCACCGCCUCGACUACAACGCCAUCAAAGCGCUCCUCAACACCAUCACCACCUUCAGCGCUAAAAACCCCACCCCCGCAUUCCUAGAAUCCCUCAGCCGCGUGCUCUUUUUACCGUCCGGACCUUCAGUAUCCCAAGACCGCGGGAAACAAGAAGCAUCGACGUGGUUCUGCCACUCGCUGAGCUACGCCGUGCUGAACAACAUCCUCAUCCGGCACAGACAAAUCCACUGGCGCGCAUACAAGCUCAAACACGACCCCACCGGGACCUACAAACCCUUCAAAGAGCCCGCCAGCAUCGUCGCCCCGCUCGAGCAGAUCCAGAAGAUAUACCCAGCCUCCCCCUGGCCCGACUGGUCCAACGCCCGCGCCUUCGACCUCGCGAUCCGCACAUCCCUCGCACGCCACUUCCCGAACCCAGACGCCUUCCCAGCCCCUGGCGCUGCUCCAGACGCACAAAGCACAACCACCGUCCAAGUGCUGCCAGGCCAAUCCGUCCCACUGGGCCCGCUACCCAACGGCGAAAAAUGCGCGCUGGGACCCGACUUCUGCGCCGCAGAUCAGCAAACAUACACGCGGCUUUCUGCGCUCGCGGACGCGGAACGCGCGUGGAGUGCCAUCUUCGUCACCGCGCAAGGUCGAGUCGGGCUGGGGCCGACGUGGCUUCUGCGCGGCGAUGUCGUCAUGGUUAUCGGCGGUGCGCCGGUGCCGUUUGCGUUUCGGGCGCUGGAGAAGAGCCGCGAGGAGCGGUUAAGAGGGUUGGAGGUUGAUAUUGAGGAUAACGAGAUGAGGUACGAAGAGGAAGCUGGGAAUGUGAGGAAUGUUGAGGGAAAGUGGGUUCCGACGCCCGUGGAUGUAGUUAGUCGGAGGAGGGGGAAGGGGAAACUUGGGAAACUUGAUGACGAGUGGGUGAGGUUGAGGAGGGGGUAUAAUAGGGCUUUGACCAAGGGGGUGAAGAAGGGGGGAUGGGUUCUGCAAGGUGAGGUUUUUGUUGAAGGGAUUAUGGAGAAGCAGGGUGUUGGGGGGAGGCUCGUGAAGAGGGUUGUUGUUGUUUGAAGAUUUUAUUUUUAUUUUCAUUUUUUGUUUUAUUUUUUCGUAGAGAGGGCGAGAAGAUUCAAGGUAGAUAUGCAAUCGAAGCUAUAAGAUGUUU